UGUCCCUCCCCAUCCCAUCCCGGAAGCGUUGCCAUUUGUGUCCCUCGGCAGACGUCGUCCCCAUCCCAUCCGCGUUGCCAAGGCGCCUGGAAGCGUUAGCGUGGCAGCGUGUCCCUCGGCGGACGCCGUCCGCGCCCCACCCCGGAAGCGUUGCCAUGGCGGCGGGCCGUUAGGCAUGGCGCUGGCGGGCGGGCGAGCGCUGGAGCGGGCGCUGUCGCGGCGGCGCGAGCAGGAGGCGCGGCGGCGGCAGCAGUGGGAGCUGCACCGGCGCUGCCUGCAGCGCUGGGGGCUGUGCAGCGCGCAGCAGGCGCGGUGGGGCGCGGGGCGGGCGGAGCGGGCGCCGGGCGGGGAGGAGCGCGCGUUGCGGCUGGCGGAGCGGCGCGCGCGGCUGGCGCGGCUGCUGGCGGCGGAGCGCGAGGCGCUGGCGGCGGAGCUGCGGCAGCGGCGGCGGGACGAGGCGGCGCCCGAGCGGCUGCGGCAGCGCGGCCAGGCCCUGUGCUCGGCGCGGGAGGAGCGCCGGAGGAAGGUGGCCGACGACCGGCUCCGCCAGCACUGGAAGGACAACAGCGCCCGGCUGCGAGAGGUGGAGUCGGAGCUGCACAAGAAGCUCGUGAUCGACGCCUGGGGCGACCAGCUGAAGCACAAGCGGCAGCAAGAGGCAACUGAAAGAGAAGAAGAAAAGCGUUUUGAAAACGAAUACGAGCGCGCCCGAAGGGAAGCGCUGGAACGAAUGAAACGGGAGGAAGAGAAGAGGCGGCUGGAAGAGAAGCAGCGAGCGGAGAUGUUGUUGCAGCAAAUGGAAGAACUGAAGCUGCAGGAGAUGGAGGCAACUAAACUGAAGAAAGAGCAGGAGAAUUUACUGAAGCAGAAAUGGGAGCUAGAAGAGCUAGAGGAAGAAAGGAAACAAAUGGAGGCGUGCAGGAAGAAGCUGGAGCUCGGUCGCUUUUUGAGACAUCAGUAUAACGCCAAAUUAAAACAACGUGCACAGCAGAUACAAGAGGAACUGGAGAUGGACAGACAAAUACUUCUAGCCCUCCUUGAGAAGGAAGAUGAGGACCAGCGCCUCCAGUCUGCCAGACGGGAGCGAGCUAUCGCAGAUGCGGCAUGGAUGAAACGCGUCAUUGAGGAGCAGCUCCAGUUAGAGAGGGAACGAGAGGCACACCUGCAGACCAUUUUUAGGGAAGAAGCCAAACAAGUGUGGGAAAGGAGAGAGGAAGAAUGGGAAAAAGAAAGGAAGGCCAGAGAUCGACUGAUGAACGAGGUCCUUGCAGGCAGACAGCACCAGAUCCAAGAGAAGAUGGAGCUCAACAGACGUGCCCAAGAGGAAUCUGUAAAACAGCGGGAAGAGCUGAUCAGAGAGCUGGAGGAGGCAAAGGAGCUGACUCGUCGGGAGAGGGAGGAAGAGAAGGAACUGAAGACGGCUCGCAAGCAGGAGCUAGAGGCUCAGCUCACAGAGCGUCGCCUCCAAGAGCAGGAAGAGCUGGAGCGUCAGAGAGCAGAGGAGGAGGAAGAGAGGCUGGCAGAGCAGCGCCACGAGGAGUUGGUGCAGCAGGAGGCCAAGCGCAUGAUGGAGCAAGGGUAUCGCCACAGGCCCUAUGCUCGUCCGAAAACAGCAUGGACCUGACCAGCUGCUCUGCUGCUGCGAGGCGUGAGCAUCUGACAGACUUGAAAUAGGCUGUUUGUCUGUUAAAGGACAUCAGGUUUUGUUUUUGGGCUUUGUUUUUGUUGUUUUGCAGUCAUUUGUAGACCAAGAAUCAAGAGACUUCUGUACUGAAAUGGGUGGGUUAGUACACAGUGGUGUUGGGCUGUGUUCAGAACGACUGAAGGGUGGAGUUUUCAAGUACUUGGCUUUGACCAAACUCUGCCCCAUUGAAGACAAGGUCCAUUUUCACUGGCAGAAGGGUUUGGCUGGUAGAGCAUGCAUUGAAAACGCUAUCCUAAGUGUGCCAAUGUUUCUGAAACAUUCUAGGUACUUCAGUAGGAGCCACAAAAUUAUGCAGUGUAGCCCCCAACUGCAGUUCAGAUGGGAACAGUUAUGGAAACAAAAGCACACAUUGGCUUUAUAAAAGAGUGAGAGUACUUGACAAAUGCAGGACAGCUGAGGCGACGAUAUGGAUCCAAUGCCUGUUCUUGUGUACAGCCGAAAGUUUAAGAAUCAGAUUCUCUGCAUUAUUCCAGGGAAAUAAUGUGCAUCUAGAAUCACAGCUAUUUCUUGCCAGGGGCUGCUUCACGCAUUGGAAAUAAGAGUAGGAACAAGGGGGUAGUGCCGUAAGUGCAUGUAAGAACUGAUAUACCAUCUCACUUAUUUUUUUUUUUAAAUUUCAAUAAAUUUUUUUUGUUUUUUAA